AGCUUCCUGUGUUGCUCGUCAUUAAUGAAACCAACGAGAGGAUACCGCCUGCGUCUAGAGCAGCCUGGUCCAGAGCGUAACCGAGUGGGCCGUGGACGUGAGAGGAAAGCGGCGUAAGGCAGCGCUUUCCUGCCCUGGAGCCAUUCUAGAUGCGGUGAGUGCCAAAACCUCGGCCCCCACUUCAAGCACAACCCAGAGCAACUGUUUCUCUCACUCCCUUGGAAACAUGCUUUCAGAAAGCAGUUCAUUUUUGAAGGGUGUGAUGCUUGGAAGCAUCUUCUGUGCCUUGAUCACUAUGCUAGGCCACGUUAGGAUUGGAAACAGAGUGCACCACCACGAACAUCACCAUCUGCAAGCCCCUAACAAAGAUGAUAUCUUGAAAAUUUCAGAGACUGAACGCAUGGAGCUCAGUAAGAGUUUCCAGGUAUACUGUAUAGUUCUUGUAAGACCUAAAGAUGUGAGUCUUUGGGCUGCAGUGAAGGAGACUUGGACCAAACACUGCGACAAAGCAGAAUUCUUCAGUUCUGAAAAUGUUAAAGUGUUUGAGUCAAUUAAUAUGGACACAAAUGAUAUGUGGUUGAUGAUGAGGAAAGCUUACAAAUAUGCUUAUGAUAAAUACAAGGAUCAAUACAACUGGUUCUUCCUUGCACGCCCCACUACUUUCGCUGUUAUUGAAAAUCUCAAAUAUUUUUUGUUAAGAAAGGAUCCAUCACAACCUUUCUAUCUAGGUCACACUGUAAAAUCUGGAGACCUUGAAUAUGUGAGUGUGGAUGGAGGAAUUGUCUUAAGCAUAGAAUCAAUGAAAAGACUCAAUGGCCUUCUCAGUGUUCCUGAAAAGUGUCCUGAACAAGGAGGAAUGAUUUGGAAGAUAUCUGAAGAUAAGCAGCUAGCAGUCUGCCUGAAAUAUGCUGGAGUAUUUGCAGAAAAUGCAGAAGACGCCGAUGGAAAAGAUGUGUUUAAUACCAAAUCUGUUGGGCUUUUCAUUAAAGAGGCAAUGACUAACCAACCAAACCAGGUAGUAGAAGGAUGUUGCUCUGAUAUGGCUGUUACUUUCAAUGGACUGACUCCUAAUCAGAUGCAUGUGAUGAUGUAUGGGGUGUACCGGCUUAGGGCAUUUGGACAUGUUUUCAAUGAUGCAUUGGUUUUCUUACCUCCGAAUGGUUCUGAGAAUGACUGACAGAAGCAAGAGCAUGCUUUUAGUAACUAUAUUAAGACAUGGUAUUAUUUUUAAUUGAUAACAAAUCUAACACAGUAGUAUGUUUCUUUUUCUUAUCUGGUUACACUGGUAUAAUCACACAUUGAAGUCUACUUGUACAUUGUCAAAUGGAAUGCUGUUUUAGCCUUGCAUCAUUUGUGAAAAUUUAAAUGUAUUAAAAAUAAAUGUUUUAAGAAUAACAAUUUUUCAAAUACAUAUUUAUAAAUACUAUAUUUAUGUGAUAAAGACUAAAUUAUAGACAUUAAAAUCUGUGGUGUAUCUUUGCUUAUUGGUUUUAUACCUGUGUAUUGGGGUUGGGGAUUUAGCUCAGUGGUAGAGUGCUUGCCUAGCAAGCGCAAGGCCCUGGGUUUGGUCCUUACCUCCGAGGGAAAAAAAAAACAUAUGUCAUUUUAGCUUUCUAAGAUAUACAAAUGAGAUCUCCAGGGAAUUUGUGAUUAAAGAGUACUUAUAGCCCUGUGUUUCCUUUAAUUUCUGAGGGAGCCUAGGUGCUUGAGAAAGGUAGGAGCAGGGUCUCACUGUUUAGUUCACGCUGGCCUAGAACUGGCAGUUCUCCUUAGCCUCCUGAGUGCUAGUGUUAAUGCCACUGCGCCCAGUUGUUUCCCUUACUUCUGAUGCAGAUUUGUACUCUUUAAGGCACACCAAUGCCAAUGGAUUUGCUCUCCCAAAAUAUACAACCAAGCAAUUAAAGUAUUCAUUAACACUG